CGUCUAUAUUCCGAGGCACUACCUUUGUUGUGGUGAGCUAGCUAUGAGUGUGUUCAAGGGCAGCAUCACAGAGUACCCGGGUGUAAUAGUGGACCACUUCACCUCCUUCAACUGUACUAGGGGGAGGGCUUUCUUCCUGUCCCACUGUCACAAAGAUCACAUGACUGGCCUGAAUUCUCCUCAGAUUGUAGACGCACUGCAGAGGAGGAAAUCCAGCCUGUACUGUUCAGAGGUGACCCGCUCCCUCCUCCUGCAAGACCCAGGGUUCACACAGCUGGCUCCUUACCUCCGAGGACUACCCAUGGAUGAACCGGUGCCCAUGAGUCUAGAGGCCUGCCCUGACUCUCCUGCCCUCAGCUUCACAGUUACUCUGUUACCAGCUGGCCACUGCCCUGGGUCAACAAUGUUCUUCUACCAGGGGUGUAGUGGGUGUGUCCUGUACACGGGGGACUUUAGACUGACCCUAGAGGAGACCAAGAGGUUAAAGUCCAUCCAUUGCAGCGGAAGAUUGAUGGAGAUUAAGUCCCUGUACUUGGAUACCACUUUCUGUCAUCCCAUAGCAACCACCAUACCUUCACGGGAAGUGUCUCGAGCCCAUAUCUUGAAGAUAGCAGAAAGGUGGUUGUCAGCUGAUCAGAGAAAUGUGCUGCACCUCCAGCUGGGCAUGUUUGGCUAUGAGCAUAUCUACCUGGCACUAGCCAAGAAGUUCAGCACCAAGAUCCACAUAGCUCAUUGGAGGAUGAGGGCCUACCACAACCUACCAGCUAUGGUUGACUGUCUUACUACGGAUGGUGAGAGCACCAGGAUACACGCUUGCAACUUUAGAAAAGGAGUUCAUCGUAGUAUGGGUCCCCCCUGUGGUUGUCGCUAUAGCAACGGGAAAGCGCCCCCUAUGCUCGGACUCAAGCCCUCCACUAUUUGGUUCCUCUCUAACUCCGGCAACCUCACUCAACCCUACAAGUACCUCCCUGAGAGCCGUGUGUACCGUGUACUUCAUUCCAUGCAUGCCAGCUAUUCUGAGCUGUGUGAGUUCAUCAGGUACCUCCAGCCCAGGAGGAUUGUACCAUGUGUCGUGCCACUGGGAGAUAAGUGUCUCAAGGACGUACAUGUCAGAUUGAAGGUUCUCCUGCCUCAAGUGGAGGUAAUCACUGACCCCCCACCCUCCACUCAGUCCACUACCACAGCCUCUAUACGAGAGCAGCCUCAGGCAUUCACACACAGGGACGAUGAGUGCAGCAACGAUACUAUUGAUGACUUUGCAAGCAGCGAGGAAACAGACACACCAAUACUCGAGCAGACUUUCUCAACUAGCACUAGCCCUGUCAAGUUCACCCUCCCCUCAAUGCUGACUGGCUGCCCUGGUACAGAGGACAAUGAACUAGAGGGGGACAAGCAGGAGUGUAUGCCACAAUCGCUGGGCUCAUCAGGAAGUGCCACACUCGGCAGUUUAGAGCAGACACCAAUUGAUUUGUCACCAGAAAACUCGCCGCUAAGUGAUUUCAAUAUUUCUUUUGUGAAUAAAGACAAUGGCAGCAAAGAUGGAGAAGAUGUGGCGAACAUGUAUCAUUGUAUUCGAUGCAACUCACCAGUGCAGUAUGAUGACAGGAAAGACCCUGAAUAUAUUGUACCUGAAAAAGUUGAGAACAAACAAUUUUGUGAUAUUGAAAAUCAACCAUCAUUAAAACAGGAUGUUGAACCGAACUCUGACCCCUCUGAUAAUGAUUGGCACUUGACGUUAGAAAGCAGUAUAGAAGAUAACAUCACAUCAGUUUCCACUGAUGAUUCCAACAGAACAAAUGAUGAUGAGGUAUUCACCCCUGAGGCAAAGAGACGCAAACUCAGCGAUAGAUACAAUGUGCCCACAAUCCAUCGACACAGAAGUAGAUCAUUAUCAGUCGAGAUUGUUGAACACAGACUGGUGGACUUUAUCGACUUAACACAAGAUCAAUCAUCAUCUGGUAAUAGCAGUAUAGAGGAGGCAAAGCCAAGACAGAGAAGUGUGUCCCGUGAGGGUUAUAGUCCAUGCAGUAGUCGCCAUAGCAGAUCAUUGUCUCCUUUUUGUCUUCCUCCAACUCCAGGACGAGAAGGAGUGAAAUCUAUAUUAGAACGAAAUAGUAUAGCUUUUAAUCCAUUAAUCAUUAAUUGAAAAUUCUCUUUCAUGUUUUAAGUGCAUAGAUCUUUGAAUUGUGUAAUAUUCCCCACAUAAUGUUGCUGCACUGAGCUGCAAUUAUCUUCCUUGUGUUUGAUGACAA